AUGCUGCUCGAGAGCAUUCACCACAGCGCGUGCGUUACUGUGGCGCUCUUCCCCGAGCACAUUGCGAUUGAAUUGCCUGCAUCACAACUUUCUCCCGCCUGCGUUCCACUGUACUGUGCUAUUUUUUUUCUCGUUUCUCUCCUUCACCUGCCCAUGUCAUCAGUGCCUAUUGUGGCGUCGACCUGUUUCUCACUUGGUGCAUUGUCUUAUUUGUGUGCGCCCUUGACUCUGGACAGUGAGGCAGAGAGGACGCGAUCGACACGGACCAGCCUCGAAGCAGAGGUGUUGCGAAUCAGGGGUUCCUUGUCUUCACUUUCUUUCCCCUUCGUGCUCUUUCUAUUGGCGAUGCGCGUCUCGCCAAACUCACUGAGCGACACCGCCUCGCGAUUGGAGCAGGACAGAGAACGUGACUUUUUUCGGCUCCUCUACAUUGUCGACCGAGCGCGUCGCUUUCUCUCUGUCCCGGUGACCAACGUUGAUUGGAGGCUGACAUGCGACUGCCUGGACGACAUGAACCACCGAUAUGCAGACACCGACUUUCUGCUUGGCUUUACGGGCGGCUACGUGCUUCGCAACCGGGCCGGCCGCACGCUAUUGUCUCGCUUCUGGUUCUCGACGUACUUGGGUCUUGUCUUUUACGACUGGGAGCUGCGGCGAGUCACGCGUGCGCCGGCGCUUGAGUACUGGAACUCGAUCUGUACCGUCGACACAGAAGUGGGUCGCAUCGCUCGAGUACUGCACACACCCGCCCGGUUUUACGAAGCGGCACCGAUUAGCAACACCUUCAGUGGCGUGCCGCCGCCGCUGUCACGAGGCUCCUCCUCCUCUUCCACCCCGACUCUCUAUGGCACAUCGAUGCGCGACUGGUUCUCCCGCUACGCCUCAGACACGAUGUCUUCGGUACUCCUAAUGACGCUAUGCUCGUACCUCUUCGCAGGCUCCAGCUGGCGGCACCGCACUGGCGACAAUGUGGAGGUGACAGCGCUCGUGAUCAACAACCGCUUCUUUCACUGGAAGGUGUUCGAGUCGUGCCAGGUGCAGCGGAAUGAAACGACAGAGUACAACAUCAGCUUAAAGUGGUUUCCAAGCUUUGCGGCGAGCGACAGCCUCCGCCGCUCCUUUCAAUGUCGCGACCUUAUCCUGGAGAGGUCCACGCUAGGCGCCCGGUUGUGGUACCGGACGCAUUUCUCGUUGCUGCGGUGCCUCGGAUUGGACCCGUAG